GAUUUGCUGUAGUUUUUGGAAAUACCUUUUAUUAGGUUGAAGAAGUUCUUUUUUUCUCCGUUCAGUUUCUUCGUCUGUUUCUACUGAAUGAGUGUAAGAGCAGAAGUGACUAAAAGGAUGGAACCCUGUACUUUUGAGGGUACAUUGAAGAUGAUAAAGCCAAUGAUUAGAGGCCUGUUGGUAAAGCAGGUUUGAGGAAGAGGGAGCUUCAGAGGAAGGACCAAUUUUUAACGGUGGUGGAUAGAAGAGUCGUGUAAAGUGUACGAAGUGGAAACAGCAAGUGUAGUACUGUUUGAAAAAGUGAAGUGAAGGAAGGGGAACACCAAUGAAGGUUGAAGUGGAGGCAGUUUUGAGGGGAGUUUUUAUUUGUUUUUAAAGGAUAGGUGAGACUUCAUAUUUGUAAGUGAAGGUUAAAGCUCCAGUAGAGAGGGAAAGAGUGAAUAUAAAGGAAAAUUUCUGCCAACCAAAACUCCGGUGUAAUUUUAUGUAUCCCUAUGUAAAUUAGAAUCAUCCAGAAUGCUUCCAAACAUGAUUCAAGAGCCUAGGCGGCUUAAGCAAGAUAGAAGUUAAUUUCUGUUCACACAUAUGAAUUCUGCAGGACAGUUUCAAUAAGAGAGGCUGAGAAAUAGAGUUUUUAUUUAGCAGAAUCAUGGGCCUAGCCAAAACUUGAGGGCUCUAGGAUUAAGGAAGAAGAAAGAAGAGAUUUGGGGAGACAGUUUUCAGUAUCUGCACAGUAAGUGUGAGAAAACUCUUAAAUAAAAUUUAUCUCUCUCAGUGUUUGCAUAGUGUUUCAGAAGCCAAAAUGCAUUUGUUUAUAUCUAGACUCUUUACUUACUAGCUCCUUGACCCUGAACAAAUUAUUUUUCUCUUUAUGCCUUAAUAUUUUCAUAAUAAGGUGGAGAAUAGUGGUGUUUGAUAGAGAAUGCCUCAUACAUUGAUAUGAGAAUUAAAUAAGGUAAUAUAUGUAAUUGAUGAAACCAUUGCCUUGUACAUCUAAGCCACAAUUACUAGUUUUGUUGUCAUUUGCCCUUGCUCUUCAAGGCAAAAAUACAAGAUACAAAAAAACAAAACAAAAUAAGAUAACAAAAACAAAAAAUACCUUGUAUUACUUAUGGGAUAUCCAAAAGUUAAUUAAAUAUUACACAUUGAGACACAAUUGAAAAGAAUAAUUUCAAAUCUCCUGAGAACUUGUAGAUAUAAAACUAGAUUUUAUUGGAAACCUUGGAAGGUACUCAGCCAAACUGCAAAGUCCGAGGGCACAGUUCUUCACAUGACCACUGUCACUUCUGGCACCACUUACAAAUUCAGAGGGCUCCCCAGACCACCCUCUGGCUUGAUAAUUUCCUAGGACUCACAAAGGGAUUACAGAUUACAGGAAUCCAGAUUAAAAUCAGCCAAGGGAAGAAACACUUAGGGUGAAGUCCAGGAAAGUUCCACGUGUUGAUCUGCCAGUGUCCUCUUCUCAUAGAGUCAGGACAUGUUCUUCCAGCACCAGUGUGUGACAGUAUGCAUGAUUGCCAACCUGGUAAUCUCAUUCAAGCUUCAGUGUAUAGAGUUUUUAUGGGGCUUCAUUAUGUAGGCGUCAUUGAUUGAUUACUCAAUUGCCUGUAUGGUUGAACUCAGUCUCCCAGUGGACUGAUACUGUGUAACCCAGAGCCUUGUCCUAAGCCAUAUUGUUGGUAUUUAUGACAUGGCCAGCUUCUGCUUUAAAACUGUUAGUUGUGGCCAACCCUACCUAAAGAUCUGGUAUGGCCAGCACCCAACAUAAACAAGCACACUUCUAUCAGCUGUGACACAUUACCUCUCAGAAGCUGAAGUCAAUGGUGAGACUUCUGUUUGGGCAAAGCCAAAUUCUUUGCUACACAGGAGGAUACAAGACACUGAUGAAAAGGAAUGAUCUUUACAAAUGAAAGUCUAACGUAAUGAUCUGUUGAAAAUACCAAAGUUAAAAAAAAUCUUAAAAAUAUGUAUAUAAGAGAAAGAUCAUCCAAGUGAAAACAAAACCCCCAGCUGGAGUAAUUUAAAAAUCUAGAAAUUUGGCUGCUAAAGCGAAAUUUGAGGAACCAUUUGCAUGGAGAUCAAAAUUGAAAAUAAAAUUUUGAGUCAUAUAGAGAAGAAAACCAGCAAGAAAGUUCAUAGUGCUACUAAAUAAUUAUUGUGAAAACUCAAGGAAAAAAGGAAAUAAAGUACAUUAUUUGCUUUGGCAGUUGUAAAGAUUGCUGCAUUCACGUGUAAUUUGGAACAGAGAGGUGAGAAGGAUUGAUAUUAUUAAUGACUUACAUGUGUAUGUAACAUUACUUUUUACUUGAUUCUAAGGUAAGUAGAAGGAAGUACUUAGCAAAAAGGGGUUAUAGUGCUUUUAAAGUGGUAUAGUCAAAAUAGUGUAUGUUUUCCUCUGUGUUGAUGAAGGUACUAAUCAUAGAGGUUUUUUUUGUUUUUGUUUUUGUUUUUUUUUAGUGAUUGUUCCAGGUUGUAGGGUGAGACAUGGGCAGAGCUGGAACUAAAAUCUUUGUCUCCUGACUUUUGGGGAAGAAGAAGAACGUCUGAGAAAUAAAAUUCGAGCUGAUCAUGAGAAGGCCUUGGAAGAAGCAAAAGAAAAAUUAAGAAAGUCAAGAGAGGAAAUUCGAGCAGAAAUUCAGACAGAGAAAAAUAAAGUAGUCCAAGAAAUGAAGAUAAAAGAGAACAAGCCACUGCCACCAGUCCCUAUUCCCAACCUUGUAGGAAUAAGUGGUGGAGACCCAGAAGAUAAUGACAUAAGAGAGAAAAGGGAAAAAAUUAAAGAGAUGAUGAAACAUGCUUGGGAUAACUAUAGGACAUAUGGGUGGGGACAUAAUGAACUCAGACCUAUUGCAAGGAAAGGACACUCCCCUAACAUAUUUGGAAGUUCACAAAUGGGUGCUACCAUAGUAGAUGCUUUGGAUACCCUUUAUAUCAUGGGACUUCAUGCUGAAUUCCUAGAUGGGCAAAGAUGGAUUGAAGACAACCUUGAUUUCAGUGUGAAUUCAGAGGUGUCUGUGUUUGAAGUCAACAUUCGAUUUAUUGGAGGCCUACUUGCAGCAUAUUACCUAUCAGGAGAGGAGAUAUUCAAGAUUAAAGCAGUGCAAUUGGCUGAGAAACUCCUUCCUGCCUUUAACACACCUACUGGGAUUCCUUGGGCAAUGGUGAAUUUGAAAAGUGGAGUAGGGCGAAACUGGGGCUGGGCAUCUGCAGGUAGCAGCAUUCUGGCUGAAUUUGGUACACUACAUAUGGAGUUCAUCCACCUCAGCUACUUGACAGGGGACCUGAUUUACUACAAAAAGGUUAUGCACAUUCGGAAACUACUUCAGAAAAUGGAUCGUCCAAAUGGUCUUUAUCCAAAUUAUUUGAACCCCAGGACAGGGCGCUGGGGUCAGUACCAUACAUCUGUCGGCGGUCUGGGAGACAGUUUUUAUGAAUACUUACUGAAAGCAUGGUUGAUGUCAGAUAAAACAGACCAUGAGGCAAGAAAGAUGUAUGAUGAUGCUAUUGAGGCUAUAGAAAAACAUCUUAUUAAGAAAUCUCGUGGAGGUCUUGUCUUUAUUGGAGAAUGGAAGAAUGGGCACUUGGAAAAAAAGAUGGGGCAUUUGGCCUGCUUUGCUGGGGGAAUGUUUGCACUGGGAGCGGAUGGUUCCAGAACAGAUAAAGCUGGUCAUUAUUUAGAACUGGGGGCAGAAAUUGCACGUACUUGUCAUGAGUCAUAUGACAGAACUGCAUUAAAGCUAGGUCCUGAAUCAUUCAAGUUUGAUGGUGCAGUGGAGGCUGUGGCUGUCCGGCAGGCUGAAAAGUAUUAUAUCCUCCGUCCAGAAGUAAUUGAAACCUAUUGGUACCUAUGGCGAUUCACUCAUGAUCCAAGAUACAGGCAAUGGGGCUGGGAAGCAGCACUGGCCAUUGAAAAAUAUUGCCGAGUUAGUGGUGGAUUUUCUGGAGUUAAAGAUGUAUAUUCCUCUACUCCUACACAUGAUGAUGUACAGCAGAGCUUUUUUCUUGCUGAAACAUUAAAAUAUUUGUAUCUGCUGUUCUCCGGUGAUGACCUUUUACCUUUAGACCACUGGGUGUUUAAUACAGAGGCUCACCCUCUGCCUGUGUUACAUUUAGCCAACACCACACUUUCAGGUAAUCCUGCUGUCCGAUGAAAGCAGUUCCAGAAGGACCAUUCUCACCUGUGUUUUGUUUACAUGGACCACUACAGAAAUUAGUUUGGAGAGGCGGCUUUUGAAAACCUGGACCUCUAUGUCAACAUGACAGGGUGAAACUAUUCCCCCUAAGACUUUUCAACUUGUAGAUACGUCAACUUUGAAAUUAUUCCAUUUUAUACCUGACCAAAACAUGUUCUGGUAUAUGUAGGACAGAGACCUGGAUGUGCUUUGAUCGUUAAUGAGGUGGUCACAUGAGAAAUGUUGCCUGUUUCUACUGUAUUGUUUUUAGAGUCCUGAAGUCUGGAGGCUAGACUUCCUGAAAGCAAGCCAAGAAUAUAGAGCACCUUGCAGGAGUUCAAGAUGGCCUUUGGAACCAAUUAUAUAUUUGUUUCCUCCUACCGUGGAGCAGCAUUCAAAUCAAAUAUUUACAUAUUGCUUAUCACUUUUUCUCCAUUUUAAUAAUGGAAUGAACUAAAAUAAACAAGAAUGAAAGAAUAGUAUAAUUGUAUCAGUAACAAGAAGACUCAAAAAAGAAAUAGGAGUACCUAACCCUAUCUGAAUUUUCAAGUUCCCCAUUGGAUGACCAGACUGGCAACCAUUUCAAAUCCCAAUCUAUUUCAUUGAAAUUUCUUGGUUAAGUUUAAUUUUCUCUGGGGGCAUGAUCUCACAAAGAAUACUCAAAUCUUUUUCUUCAUAUGGAAUCAUCGAAACUGCUGUUUAUCAUAAUCACCACUUAUGAGCCUGGGUUUGGGAUUUUUUGCAUGUAGUUCAGUCUACAGUUAGUAGCGUGACCGAAAGUGGGAAGAUGCCGCAGUUUGUUGCCUUGAAACCUAUUCUAAGAGCAAUCCUUGGUUUUGUUGGUACUUUAUUUUUCCAGACCAACACAUCUACCAAGUAAAUUUUAUUCACUUUAAUUUCAUAAUAAAGUUAGUAGAGUCACUCAACUUACAACUUUUUUUAUGUGGCUUGGCAAAAUUCACUAUACUACUAGGCAGCUCUAAAUUUGCCUUGAUAAGCUAAGUUACUUUUAUAACUUAAUAAAGCAAAACAAACCCAGUGAAACUUUCUUAAAUAUUCUAUCUGGAAUAGGGAUAGGGGAUCUUUUAUUUAUAAUCUCAUCAGAUGAGUGAGUUGUUCACAGAUAUUUUAUGUAUUUUAAUUUUCUCCAAGAAUAUUAUAGAAUUCCAAAGAAUCAGAAUAGUUUCAGAACAAUUUUCAGUGUUAAAAGAGUGGUGUUAUUACACUAAAAUUGGAACACGUCUAAGGGACUUUUAUCUUAUCAGUAGGUUUUGCAUUGAUACUUCUUUUUAAAUAAACUACUAGUUCUUUAUAUUUCGGCAAAAAGAACUUAAAUUUUAUCAGGAACUAUAAGAUAAAUAUCUAGUGCUUAACAAAUUUUCUGUCCUUAAAUUAUGUGACAGUGCAAGAUACUUUUUUACUCUUUUCAUUUAAUGUAGACAUCUUCCACUGACAUUAAUAAAAGUUAGAAACAGUUUAGUAUAAUAUUUACUCUGAAUUUGAAGAUUUCAUGAAACAAAGUUCGUACAAGAAGCCCACCUUGGAAUUCUGAAGGCUUAUUUUCUUGUUUGAUAGCUUUUCUUUUUAACUUAGCUUUUAAGUUGGGAAAAGACUUGAUUAAUAUAAUAUUUUCUAAGGUUGAUCAUCUUACACCACAAAUCAUUAAUUUUGACAGUUCUGCUGAUGAUCCGUAAAUGAUAACCACUGCAAAAGUUUUCAGUAUACAUAGAAAACAAAGAAUGCAGGGCCAGUUACAAUAGUCCUUAAGAGAGUUAAAUUAUAGCACAUGUUUUGACAUUGUAAUAUCUUUUACUACUUGAACAUUUAAAUUUCUAAAUGAGAAAGUUAUAUAUACUACUGUAACUGUAGAAGGGAAAAGGGAAAGUAUUUGGUUCUAAAAAACAUUAGCCUUCCUCAUAAAAGUAGCACAAGCCCACUUAUGAAUCACUGAGAAAAAGUGAAAAACCUGAGUUGGCCAAGACCCAGAGCAGCAGUGCAGAUGGCAUUGAACUCUCUGAAUUCUCUUUCACCUUGUUGAGAAGAAUGCAGCGUAAAGGGACCUUCUUGGUUCCGCAGGAACUUCUCAAGGAAUGAGGAGACAGAACCCCUACUCCCAAGUGCUCUAUUUGUAUUACCCAGAUGACUGAAGCUUAAGAGAAGGCAGGGAAGUAUGCAAGCAGAGCCAGUUCUGGUACAAACAAAGAAUUUGACAGGGACAAUGGAAGGGUCUUCUUUACCACUCCCUACCUUCUGUGUGAUGGAAAAACUAGAGCUUAUGAAAUUACUUCCAUUUUUUUAAUCUCCUGAAUACCAAAGGCAAUUAAAGUCAGCUACAAAUGACUUGCCAGUGUCAUGUUUUAUUUUUGUUAUAGAUUUUUAAAUUAUUUCCUUCAGGAUCAAUUCUUAUCCCAUAUAAUGCUUAGCUUCCAAGAAUGUUCUUUCCUUUCUUCUGUCUUUUAUAGCUCUUUGCAUUUUUUAGACCUUAAUACUCAGGUUAAAUAUUCAUUGCAUUUAUAAGACCUUCUGCAAAAAGCCCAGAAAUGGUCCUUUCCAGGUGCCUCUUCAAAGAGCUGACACUUUACCUUGUGCCUUUGGCACAAAUGUGCAGAAUAGAUAGAUCAGUUGGUGCAUAAUAGAAAAAACAGGAAUUUUGAACACUCUUCUUCCUUCUACAUUUAUUUCUCUUCAUUUUAGAAUCACACUUUUUAUGUUAAACCAGAUUUAUUAGUAUUAUUAUUAUUAUUAUUCAACCAGUAUUAAGUUGUUAAAACCAAGAGAAUGGGGCCCUAACCAAAAAGAAGUCUCAACUCGAAAAAUAAGUCCCCAGUCAGGUGGUUCUUACUUUCUUGUGGGUUGCAUAUUUUAUGUCUCUCUAACAUCAACGUAUUCCUGACUUUCAAGCAGAUGUUUAUAUGUAAAAUGAAACCUGGGUAUUGAAAGGAAAUGCGUUCUUUUUAUGGAGUAUUGACCCUGAUCCUCUAUGAUGUCAUAUAGGGCAACUCAGGGCUAUACUUGCUAGAUUUUAACCAAGCAGUUUGAAAUCUUAAUCAUCAUCCUCUCAUCUUCUCCGCUCUCCAUUGCCAAAGUCUUUGUCAAAACUCCAAAUUUGUUGAUAAAAGAUUGUGUUUGCCUUUCUCAUUAUAAUGCAGUUUCUCCUUAAGCCUGGAGUUUUUUUAAUGAGUGCAUGAGUAAAUGAGAGAAUGCGUGAACGAACAUUUAUGAAGUAUCUAAUAUGUGCCAAGCAUUGUGCCUGGCACUUUCAAUCAUUAGAAUGUUUUAUGUGAUUCCACAGCAUUUUCUGUAUGAGAGUAGCUCACAACAUUUUAAACGUUUCCAAUAUGAAUCGUGUUACAAAAUUCUUAAUUUUAUAUUUCAUAUAAAGAGGAAAAAGAAAAGGUUUAUAAUAUAUUUUAAAACAAUGUGUUAUUAUAUAAUACUGACAACUAUAAUUGUAGUUAAUAAGUAAAAUCUCUUGAAAAUGUCAAAGAAAUACUUGAUUUCUGAUGCAACUUUGACUAAAAUAUUUACUUUAGAAAUAAAAACAUUCUUAUUUUGCUAUAUCACUUUAAUUGCAUAAUUAAAAAGCAGUGUUUUAUAGAAAUGCUGGUUAUUUUAUAUUCAAAAAGAUUUUGUCACAUAAUUCAUGGGUAAAAUUUGCAAUUGUAAAUUGUCUUUCCUCUCGUAUGGGCCCUAUUAAUAGUCCCAUGCUGUUAAAUAUAAAGAAAAAUAUACUAAAAUAUUCAGAGUUCCAAAUAACAGUUCCUAGUAGUAAUAUUUUGAGUUAUUUUUCUUUAGGUUUCCUUAUACUCAAAUUGGCUAGCUCCUAUGUUUUCCUCUCUCUCUCUAUUAUAUAUAUGAUCAAGAUCUAUAUAUGUAUAUAAAUACAAUUAUACACAGAUAAAUUUUUAAUACUUUUUGUUAAUUAACAGUUGGAAACUGGUUUUGGCUGCACUAAUAAGCAGAAUUUAGAGUAACUAUAUAUGAUACGGAGAUAUUUUAAUCCAUUUAUUCUGGCUCAAGAACACGAAUAAAGAUGAUUUUCUGUUACUUUAGCUCAUUCAGAGCAUGAUGGACAUGCUCUUUUUGAUCUAUAACUGGUCAGCAAGCUUCCAGAUAAUAUUUUAGGCUAUGGGAGCUAUACAGUCUCUCUUAUUACUCAUUUCUGCUGUUGAAUUGUUGAAAACAGGUAUAGAUACCAUGUAAAGAAUGGGCGUAGCUAUGUUCCAGGAAAACUUUAUUUACAAAAGCAGAUGGAGGACUGGAUUUGGUCCAUGGGUCAUAGUUAGUGACUCUGAUCCCAAGUUUAUUUUGUGUUAGACCCUCUAACCUUUGAUCUGCGUCUUUUCUCUCUGUUUUGAUUUAUGUAAUUCAUUUUUAAAUCAAAAUGAUGUGCGUAUGUAUGAUUGUGUGUACCUGUAUAACCUAAAGCUAUUUAUUUUGUUAUCUUGAAAGUAGAUACACUCUUCCUGGAGUCUGUUCAGGUUUCAGGACGAUUGACUAUAAUGAAAGAGGCAGAAUGGGGGUAAGGGAAGAUGGGUAUGCUAUCCGCCAUUAUCUUUGCCUUGACAUUUAAUGCCAUAAUUUCAGAUUCUCUAUGUAAAAUGAAGGUCUGUGUAUUGUCAAAAUACUAUAUUCUCCAAGUUCUCAUGCUCAUUGACCCUCAUUGACCAGGAUUCUGGAUUGCUGGAGCUGUAGAAAUUCAUCCACUUGGGUACUCUUAGAGCUCUACCACAAGAAUAUGAUAGAAUGUUUGAUCUUUGUGCUGCAGAAAGCAAACUUUUGAAGAAUUCUAAGCAACAGAAAAUGGGUUAUGUGACUCAUUUGCUAUUUGGCAGCCACUAUUCCUUUUUUAGACUGCAGAACGGUACUGCCCCUGUUACCUCUAGAAUAGCCUGAGUCUGAGGAGUGCAGAGAAAAGGUGUAUCCAAAAGGAGAAUCUGUUUCUCUUGCGUAACUCUCCUCAAUUCCUUUACAAGUCAGUAGCAUUAUUUCAGAAUGUCUAUAUGCAUCAUUUUCAACUAAAGCAUACCUCAUCCUUAAACUUCCACUAUUUAACAGCUAAUCCAUUUCAAACUUGGUUUGAGCCUAACAAUUGCAGAAAUCAUAAAAUGCUUGUGAAAUUACACACCAUAUUACUAGCAGAUACAUUGCAGUGCACCAAUCAUGCUAACAGAUAAUAGAUUUUUCUUUAAGAAGUUUGUCAAAUAUUUCACUAUCUUGGGAAAUUUUAGAGGAGGGGAAGCCUGUAUUCAGAAUGAUAGAGGGAGCAGAGACUUACUGUCUGUCUUCCACAUUACAAAUGAACUGCCUUUCCAGGUCCAACAUGCUAUCAGGCUGCUUCAGCUCGGUGUGAAUGUAAGUGUGGGGACUCACACACACAUACCCAUACACAUACAUACUAAUAUGCAGAGGAUUUUAAACAAUUGCAAAUAUCUUGUGGCUAUUUGAUUUCUACAAAAUUCUACUGUAAGAUGUAUACCAGAAAACAUAAUAAAGAUAAGCUCAGUUCUUCAUUGGGAAAAAAAUAUUUUUUAAAGAAAAUUUAGAAGUUUUUGCUGAAUUAAAUAAAGUAUCUUCAAUUUUAAUUACUGCAUUUGGAAGUUGAAAUGCCAUCCUUCAAUAUCACUGGUCUCAAAUUCAUUGAUAGAAUUUUUUCUUAAACUAAUAAGUGGGGUAAGUAUAAUCUCCUAAAUUGGUACCCACUGGCUGCUCCUGAACUGAUUUCCAGUCAUGUCCUCUAGUAUGUGGUUUUUAUAAAUUAAAGGUAAUAUUGUAUAUUAAAGUUCAAAUAAAGAUGUUCUUUAAGUGAAAA